AUGGCUCCUACUACCGCAGCCUCCCCUGAGGCAUCGUGCCUUGACGCCUCCAAACUGACCUACUCCUACACAACCGCCCCCCGCGAUGUCCCCUCCGAAGCCACCAUCAGAAGCAGCGACGAGACAGUCUGCACCGACCACAUGAUAGUCGCAUCAUGGACCGCCAGAGAAGGCUGGGCCGCGCCCGAAUUGAAGCCCUUUGGUCCCUUCAGCCUCCUCCCCACGGCCUCCUGCCUCCACUACGCUCACGAAUGCUUCGAGGGCCUAAAAGCCUACCGCGGCUACGACAGCAAGGUGCGCCUCUUCCGACCAAACCGGAACGCUCGCCGUCUGCAGAUGUCCGCCGCUCGCAUUGCCCUACCGACCGUGGACGAUGAUGCUCUUGAAAAGCUCAUGAUGGCCGUGCUCUCCGUCGACUGUCCCAAAUGGCUGCCGCAGGACCGUCCCGGCAAGUUCCUUUACGUGCGACCCACCAUCAUCGGCACGAACUCGCAGCUGGGCAUCCAAUCGCCUACUAAAGCCCUCUUAUAUAUAAUCGUCGGGUAUAUGCCGCGCAUGGACAUGCCGGCCGGCGGGAAACGUCUGCUCACGUCCCCCGAGGACACGGUGCGUUCGUGGGUCGGAGGGUUCGGGUAUGCCAAGGUCGGUGCGAACUAUGGCCCAUCAGUGAACGCGACCCGGGAUGCGUAUAAUAGCGGCUUUCAUCAGAUUCUCUGGCUGUAUGGAUCGCAAGGCGAGUGUACCGAGGCCGGCGGCAGCAACUUCUUCGUUGUGUGGAAGCGCAAAGACGGACGGAAGGAGCUGGUCACGGCGCCGCUGGAUGAUCGACUGAUUCUAGACGGAGUUACUCGGCGAAGCUGCCUGGAGUUGGCGAAGGAGCGGUUGGGCGAUCAGGUUGAGGUCUCGGAGCGCAAGUUCACCAUCGACGAAUUGUUUGAGGCUGCGGCUGAGAAUCGUAUCGUGGAGUCGUUCGCUGCUGGCACGGCUUGGUUCAUCUGCCCCAUCUCGUUGAUUCACCACCGAGGCCGGGAGAUCGCUAUUCCCAUGGGACCUGAUGAUACGCCGGGGGAGAUCACGGGCAAUAUUAAGAACUGGCUCGGUGAUAUCAUGUACGGACGAACCGAGCAUGAAUGGGGAGUUGUGGUGCCGGAGAAGAAUUAA